AUGCCGCCUUGCGCCCUGCGCGUCCUUCUGGCGACCCUGCUGGCCGCGGCCGGAGCCCCGGACGCCGCGCCGCCCUGCGAGUCCGAGAUGAACAAGAUCAAGGACCUGCUGCAGGUGAGCUGCGUGGGGCAGGGGCUGAGCAGCGUCCCCGCCGGGCUGCCCAAGGACACGGGCAUCUUGCUGCUGGGCUCCAACCGCCUGAGCCGCGUCUCGCUGGCCUCCUUCCAGCACCUGAGCGCGCUGGUGGAGCUCGACCUGUCCAACAACAGCCUGAGCGCCCUGGACAGCGGCGGCGCCUCGCUGCCCGGCCUCCAGCAACUCGACCUGUCGCACAACGGCCUGCAGAGCCUGCCCGCCUUGCAGGGGAUGCCCGCGCUGAAGCGCCUGGCGCUGGCGCACAACGCGCUCUCGCGGCUGCCGGCGGGGGGAUUCCGCGCCCUGGGCGCCCUGGAGGAUCUGGAGCUGCAGGGCAACGGGAUCCGGGAUCUGCCCGAGGGAGCCUUCGCGGGGCUGCAGAAGCUGAGGGACGUGGACCUGGCCGACAACCUGCUGGAGGAGCUGCCCCGGGAGCUGCUGGCCGGGCUGGACAGCCUGGAGAUCCUGCGCCUGGAGAGGAACCGGCUGCAGAGGGUGCCCGACGGCUUCUUCCCCGAGGAGAACUACUUCGCGUACCUGUACCUGGCGGGGAACCCCUGGGUGUGCGACUGCGCGCUGCUCUACCUGCGCGACUACAUCCUGGAGUACGAGACCAGCGUGUAUACUCGCGUGCAAGGCCCCGGGAAGGAGAUCACCGAGAACAAGCCCGAGAGCGUGGAGUGCCAGGCGCCCGCGCCCGAGAAGGGGCGCCCCGUCAUGGCCUUCCAGGCGCACUGCCAGGGCCCCGAGGGAGACAGCGACGGGGGCCAAGGGGAAGGGGGCGCCGCCACCCCUGAGCCCCACGCCACUGCCCACACGACACUGCCCUCCAGCACCGCCGCGCCGACCACGAGUGUCCGCACCACACCUUCCACCGCAGGGCCAGCCACGAGUGUCCGCACCACACCUUCCACCGCCGCGCCGACCACGCGUGCCCGCACCCCACCCUCCACCGCCGCGCCGACCACGAGUGUCCGCACCCCACCCUCCACCGCCGCGCCGACCACGCGUGUCCGCACCCCACCCUCCACCGCAGGGCCAGCCACGAGUGUCCGCACCACACCUUCCACCGCCGCGCCGACCACGCGUGAAUGCACCGCACCCUCCACCGCCGCGCCGACCACGCGUGUCCGCACCCCACCCUCCACCGCAGGGCUAGCCACGAGUGUCCGCACCCCACCCUCCACCGCCGCGCCGACCACGCGUGUCCGCACCCCACCCUCCACCGCAGGGCUAGCCACGAGUGUCCGCACCCCACCCUCCACCGCAGCGCCGACCACGCGCGUCGCCACACUUGCUCCCAGCACCACCGCACCAUCUUCCCGUGUCCCCACUACGGCUCCAAGAAACCUUCCCGGUCCUGUUCUCGCCUCUACCCCGGACCCAGUCCCUUCCACAAGUCGCAUGCUGCCCGCAUCAACUCUCCAACCCCUUCCGUCGGCGAUGACUGCCACUUCCCAUCCUCUGCCAAGUGCCAGGGCCUCGCCAGCCCUGCCACCUCUCAGCACGUCAGCUCCCAGUCGCUGCCCUCCUCCCGCCCCUUGCCACUGCUCCUUGCUGCCAGCCACAGCCCCGCAGCGCAGUUGGCACUGGUCUCCCAGGACCUGGGCCGGCUGGCUGGCUGCCCACUGCUGCCUGCUGCGCCUGAUCCUCUACGUUGCCUGCCUGGCACUGGCAGUGCUGCCCACCUUGGCUCUGCUGUGUUGGUUGGGGUGGCUGUGUGCCAGCUGGCAGCGCCCAACCCUGCGAGGUGGGCCGGGGCCCCGGCUGGUCAAGUACCGCCAGCUGCAGCAGGUGGAGGGGCUCCAAGCGCAGGGUCCUCUGGCCGUGCCCCGCACCUACCGCGUCUGCAAGGUGUUUGAGGCCGCCCCCUCCCGCCACGUCAGCUGGCUCUUCGUCAGCCUGCCGGGGCCAACGCAAAAGUGGCCCUGGCAACGCAGGCGAGGCCGGGCGCCCUCUGCCUACAGCUUGGAUCGCGGGCAAGACGCCAUUGGGGCUGUGCGGGUGAAGCGUGGCACCGCCACUUUGUAG